AUCAUCCAGCCAAUCAACUGUUGGACUAUCUUGCCUUCAAGCUUGCCGAUCGGGCACUUUCUGAGCCCACGAGUCGUUUUCGACGAUCUUGCUACCUGAGGAGUCACCGAUCGGGGGAGUUGUACUCGUUGGAUUGCGGGGAGGCCUUCUGUUUGAAAUGCUGCGGGGAACGCGGAUCUUACGGCACCAGGGCUCUCGUUCCUCGCUCUCCCGUCUCAGCCAACCCUCCAUCCCCUCGUCCCCUUCCCCGUGCCAUUCGCAAAGCCCUGCUCUCUCCUCCCUGUUACCCCCUUCGUCGUUCUUCGCACCACCUGUGAGCGAUGCUGCUCCCGAUCUCGUACCCACCGCUCCUGGCGAAAUCGGGAGCAGUCGCCAUGCCGUCGCCGCGUUCCGCUCGGCGACAGUGUGCGACGGCGGCGACGACAACAGCGACGGUAGCAACAGCCGAUUUACUAACAGCCAUUCCUCCCCCGCACUGGCAUGGACUAGGCGCCUCAGUCCACGAGUAGUAGGCACUGCUACGAUCGCUGCUAGCAACAGCAGCAACAGUAGCAACAGCAGCAACAGCAGCAGCAGCAGCAGCAGCAGCUCAGCAGCAAGAAUCUCCGUGCUCACACCCACGCGCGGUCUUCCACCCGCCGUCCCUCAUGCUUAUUGCCGUCUCCUCUCCCACCCGCUUUCACCGUCAUCUUAUCCCGGUCACGCCGCCUGCCUCCAUUCCACGGCGGCGAGAGUGCUAGCUGCGGGCGACGAGCCCCAGAACAGUGCCGGGAACGGCGCAAGGUUGGCAGGAGUGUGCGGAAGGGGAGGGGAAAAAGAGGGUGGAGAGGGGGGUGGGGGGGGAGGAGAGGGAGGGGGCGACGGUGGGGGGGGAGGAGAGGGAGAGGGAGCGAGGCAGCAGGCAGGGGGUAGGGAAGGGCAGAGGCCAGUUAUGGGUGUGAGGGAGCAAGGGAGGAGGCCUAUGGAGCAACGACGUUCGGGGUUUGGGGGACAGGGCCAGGGUUAUGGCAGGGACCAGCAGCAGCUGCCACCUUUUCAGCAGCGGCAUCAACAGCAGCAGCAGCAGCAGCAGAACUUUCAGAGUUUCAGGCAGAGAGGAGGGAGGAGCGGCGAGGGUGAGAGGCGGUGGGACGGCAACCGGCCUCCUCGGCAGUACGAGCAGCAACCCCCGAACCAGCAGCGUCCCGCGAAUCAGCGGCCAUACCCGAAUCAGCAGCAGCAGCAGCAGCAGCAGCAUCAGUAUCAGCAGCAGCAGCAGCAUCAGUAUCAGCAGCAGCAGCAGUAUCAGCAGCAAGGGCAGCAGGGGCAGCAGCAGCAGAGGCAGCAGGGAUCGGGUGUCAUGGGUAGAGUACAGAAGCAGUCAUCCGGGGGCCCUAAGGGCCCGUUCCAGGGGCAGGGACGGGGACAGGGACAAGGGCAGGGGCAGGCACAGGGGCAGGGGCAGAGUCAGGAGAUGAGAGUGAACGAGGCGAUUACUGCACGGACGGUGCGGCUGGUGACUGAUGAAGGCCACGAGGUUGUUUCUCGACCGCAGGCGCUCAACCGGGCUCGUAUGGCGGGGCUCGACCUGGUGGAGGUGAACCCCCGCGCCGACCCCCCCGUGUGCAAGCUCAUGGACUUUAGCCGCUUCCGGUUCGAGCAGCGGAGAAAGGACAAGGAGAUGCGCAGAAAGAAGGUGGAGAAGCGGAGGCGCGAUGAGGUGAAGGAAGUGCGGGUGGGCUGUCGAACGGAAGCAAGGGACGUGGCCAUGAAAGCAGAUGCGGUGUUGAAGCAUCUGCACAGAGGUCACCGGGUCAAGAUGUCGGUGACGUUCAAGUCAGCGGAUCACGACCAGGCUGUGGGGCAGGCACUGCUGCAGACCAUGAUCUCACGGCUAGGAGAAGCGGCCAUAGUGGAGGUGAAGCCUCGCGAUGAGAGCCAUCGCAUGUGGUGCAUUGUCAGGCCCACGCCCUCGCUGCUCUCGGAUGGUAGUGCCACUGCCAAGGGCAAGGGCAAGGUGGCACGUGCUGCUGGGAGGGAGGGUGAGAUGGAUGAGGGGGAGGAGGAGGAUGAGGAGGAUGAGGAGGAUGAGGAGGAUGAGGAGGAGGGUGAGGAUGAAGAUGAGGAGGAAGAGGAAGGGGAAGAGACUGUGGAUGGGGAUAUUGACGAGGAAGUGGGUAAGGGGAGAAGGGAGGGGAGGGACGACGAUGAGGACGAGGGUGAAGAUGAAGGGAAGGGGAUUAUGUCGGUUGAGAAUGUUUCUGAUGAUAAAACUCGUGCGGAGGUUGCAGAGGUUGCAGGGCCAAGUUAGAUCCUGGCCAUGAUUGUGUUUGUAACACUAUCUCAUCAUAUUUUUGUGAAGUGAAAAAGUACUCA